CGGGCUCCCAGGCCACCCCGCCCGCACCUGCCGCGCCUCGGCGCUGCUUCACCUGCUGCCCGGAGAGGAGCUGUCAUCACUGAAUCUCUCGGAAUCUUCUCACAUGCACCAUGAAUAUCUCUCAUUUUCCGUCCUUGCUGCUCCCAGGAUCCCCACAGGGAGAAAACAGCAGUAAGUCAAAGGGCAUCCUGUACAACUUCUCUGACCACUGCCAGGAUUCGGCAGACAUGAUGGUCUUUAUUGUUACCUCCUACAGCAUUGAGACCAUUGUGGGAGUCCUGGGCAACCUCUGCCUUAUAUGCGUGACGAUUAGGCAGAAGGAGAAAGCCAAUGUUACCAACCUGCUCAUUGCCAACCUGGCCUUCUCCGACUUCCUCAUGUGCCUUAUCUGCCAGCCGCUCACGGCCAUCUAUACCAUCAUGGACUACUGGGUCUUUGGCGAGGCACUUUGCAAGAUGUCAGCCUUCAUCCAGUGCAUGUCAGUGACAGUCUCCAUCCUCUCUCUUGUCCUUGUGGCCCUAGAGAGGCACCAGCUCAUCAUCAACCCAACCGGCUGGAAGCCCAGUGUCUCUCAGGCCUACAUGGGGAUUGGGGUUAUCUGGCUCAUUGCCUGCUUCCUCUCCCUGCCUUUUCUGGCCAACAGCGUUCUGGAGAAUGUCUUUCACAAGAAUCAUUCCAGGGCCCUGGAAUUUCUGGCGGACAAGGUGGUCUGUAUCGAGUCCUGGCCACUGAGCCACCACCGCAUCAUCUACACCACCUUCCUGCUGCUCUGCCAGUACUGCAUCCCGCUGGCCUUCAUCCUGGUCUGCUAUGUGCGCAUCUAUCGGCGCCUGCGGAAGCAGAGGCAGGUGUUCCGCAAGGGCAGCCACAGCUCCCAGGUGUGGCAGGUGAAGCGCAUCAACGGGAUCCUUGCUGCAAUGGUGGCUGCCUUUGCCCUGCUCUGGCUGCCCCUGCAUGUGUUCAACAGUCUGGAGGACUGGUACCACGAGGCCAUCCCCAUUUGUCACGGCAACCUCAUCUUUGUGGUAUGCCACCUGCUGGCCAUGGCCUCCACCUGUGUCAACCCUCUCAUCUAUGGCUUUCUCAACACCAACUUCAAAAAGGAGGUCAAGGCCCUGGUGCUGACUUGCCAGAAGAGCACCCCAUCGGAGGAGUUGGAGCACCUGCCCCUGUCCACAGUACACACGGAAGUCUCCAAAGGGUCUCUGAGGCUCACUUGCAGGUCCAACCCCACUUAGCCAGAACCAGAGCUUCUCCCUGCCUUGCUCAUGCCAGGUUCCUUGACUUUGCUAAGUGGGCUUGUGUAAGCUGAGGGUGAUACUCCAUAUUACUGGCUUUCUGGGGCCCAGGUAGGCUGACAAGAGCUCAUUUUUGCAUCAAUUUGCCUUGUGAAGCCUGACAUUCGGCUGGUUCAGCUAUUUGUUCCUGGGGGACUUCUGAGUCUGGAUUUUUCAGGUCACAGUAUGCCUUACAGCUUGAGCAGAUGCCAGAGCCAGAGAUGGUCUGCAUGUAGCAGGCAGGGUUCAUUCUGGUAACUCAGCAACAGAUGUCCGGUCUGGGAACCCAGGGUUCCACCUCUACCAAUGAGACUGCAAGGUCACUGUGGGGUGAGGGAAGGAGCACAAGGACUCAGAGCUCUGGAUUGGUCAGCUCCCAACCUCUGUGAGAGAUGAUACUUGUGGAUCUAAGCGGUAAAGGAUUCUAUGGAGGCAAGACAGUAGGGUUACUGUUAUCUGAUUAGCAUGCCCAAUGACAGAGAACAGAUUCUGGUAGCCUUGCGUCCUCACAGUCCUCUGAAGGAGGAAAAUCGCCCUGAGCAGCAGGAAUUACACGAUUCACAUCCCAUUGCUUCCUUUUCCUCUUGCACUGCAUCUGCCAUCUUAUAUGGAAAUAAGCCUGUAAGUAUCUACCCUUAAUAAGGUUGUGAGGACCUUGAGGGUGACAUCUGCGUUGUCAUAGAGCUUGUAUCCUCCAUGCCCCAGAUAGGCCCUGGCACAGGGACAGAGCUCAGAAAGCUUCGCAUGGUAAGUGCCUACUCAGCUGAGGAUUGGUGCCCUGUGUCAUGCUCAAGCUCAGGAAGGGCUCAGGUUGCUGCAGCCACAUGUUAUCAUCUGCCUGUCCUUGCCUCCCAGGACUUCUCUUGACAAGACAGCUGUUCAGUGACUCUGUGACCCUCCCCAGUGUCGACCACUGCUGAGGCCUACCAUGACUCCUUCAUUCCACACUCUGACCAUGGAACUGACUUAUUCUAGGUGAUGUGUCAUGAUUAUUCCAAAGCCUCCUCACAUCUUUGGGCCUCCCAGUGGCUUUCAGUAGUGGGGAGGGGCAGGGAGUCCUUGGAGUCUGGCUUAAUGGAGUGCAGGCUGAUAGCAGUAGGGGAUCCCCUUCCUCCAACCAAGGAAAAUGGAGAAAGGGCUAUGAUGAGGAUGAAUACCUCACCUUGGAAGUCAUGGAGCAGUUUUUUAGAUGCCAAGCCAGAUCAAAGGCUUCAUCUGCGUGUGGACCAGAUAGCUUGUCCUUGCAGAAGAUGGAAAUGUCAAAAUUGUUCAUGGACCACUUUGGAUGGGAUGACUGGGCCUGACAGCAGAAUAGACAGUGGCUGGACCCAUCAUGGCCUCUAGGGCUGGGUAUUCAGGAGCCUCACUGUGAGGCUUCUGGGACUGGCAAAGGGCCAGGCAGCAGGAGAUGGAACAGCCAUAGCUGACUGUCUUUUUGGCUUGGCCCUAAGCAAGAAUCUGUGCAGCCAACACCCAAAGUGCCCUUUGACUCAUCAGCUCCCUUCCUGGGACUGUUUGUUUUGUCCCAGGUUUUGGCCACUCUCCCAUUUUUUUCCUUUCUUCACUUUGUCCCAGUUUUUUGAUAGAUUGUUGAGACUUUCUUGGAUGCAACUUGUGCCAUCUGCUGCAGGCUGCUUCAAGCAACCACCUGCCAGCAAAGCCCAGGCUUGGGACCCAUCCCAGCAAGAUGUCAUUGACCAAUUUCCCCAAGGAACUGGAGCUUGAAAUUGCCAGGAGUUUGCUUCACAUCACUCUUCUAAGUGGUGCCAAGAGGCGUGAGGACCAGAGACCAGGCUAUGCAUCUGGUGAAGGUCUGGGCAUUAGGAAUUGGAGUAGUGGGUGGAGGCCUUAUUAAGUGUCAUCUCUGCUUUUUCACCUUGCUUCAGUUGGCACUGCCUGCCUAGAUGGUUGCCUUGGAAUUUCCUGGCUACUCAGCACCCUGGGAACUAGACGCUCAGAGUGUCUUCAGAAGACCAGCAGCCUCAGCAUUACCCAGAGCUUGUUAGAUAUGCAGAAUUGGUAUUCCCACCCCAGACCUUUUGAAUCAGAAUCUGCAUUUUAUCAAAAUCUCCAAGGUAGUGAUGCACACAUGCAAGUUUGGGAAGCUCUGCUCUAAGAAACAAUUUAUCCUGGAAUUUGGAGCAUCUGAAGAUAGGCAUUGGCCUUUAGGAAUUCCAGUUCUGGGGAUAUGGCUUUAAAGGGGUAUUGAUGAAAAGGUUUGGUUGGUUAUCUCUUCUCUGGCUGUAUGCGAACAUAUUUCUUCUGAAGUCUUUUCAUUCCUUUAAUAAAUAUUUGCCAAA